AUGGAUAGAGCUCAUCCUGAAUUUUCACCUGUUAUAGCAAUUUUACAUGAGGCAGAUGGAUUUGUUGUUACAAUAGAAACUAAACAAGGAGAAAUGUAUCGUGGAACUCUUUUCGGAUCGGAAGAUACUAUGAAUGUUGAACUUCACGACGUAACAUAUACAAAUUCAAAAGGUGUAGAUAGUCACAAAGAUAAAGUAUAUAUUCGUGGAUCAAAUAUUGUAUUUUUUGUUCUUCCUGAUAUGUUUGCUAAUGCUCCAAUGUUUAUUGAUGAAAAGAAGGUUAAAGGUCAUGCCAAUGGCUAUGCAGGAAAUCUACGUGAUCUUGAUAAUGCUCUUAGAAUUCGUACAAAAUUCUUUUAA